AUGUCCAGGAUACACUCGUACAUAGUAUUACUCGUAUGCAUAACAUCGGGCUGCGCAGCUGAAGAGCUCAUCCGGCAGCUACUCUUGGAGUCGAGGUCUUCAUUGCUGCUGAUACGCUACGACUACUGCCCAGAGAGUUGGCUGCAGGAGCUGCUUGUGGCGCCUCAGGUGCCUAUCGUGAUGCAGUCGAUGCACGAUGCCACGCCUCCUAGCAAGGACUUCUCGAGGCUGAUGCAGCUAAUCUGUUUGCCCAGCGAGGAUUAUGAGCCGCUGCCGGCUUUACUUGGGAAUCUGCGUGGACCAAAGAGCAUCUUUUAUAUAGCUCCCUCUGCUUCAACAGGCAACAGCUCUGCCAAGCGGGUGCUCAACUCGCUCCUCAGGGAAUGCUAUAGGCAGAAAAUACUGAAUGUGGUUGCCCUGCUGGCCGAGAGUGCAGAUCGAGUCUACUAUCGCUAUCGUCCGUAUCCGCGCUUUGAGCUGGAGCAGCGCUCGAUGGAGCAGCGCCCCUUCUUUGCCAGCCCCCUGAAGAACAUGCAUGGCCAGCCGCUGAUCGUGGUGCCCGACCAGAAGCAUCCGCGCACCAUCGUCUACACGGACUGGCGCACGGGCCAGCAAGUGCUGGCCGGGUCGGUGGGUCGCUUUGUGCGCACCUUGGCCUGGAAGCUGAAUGCCACCAUUCAGUUCCCCAUAGAGAUCAAGCCGGGCGUGGUUAUGCAUUUCAAUGAGCUGGAGUCGCUGAUCGAGCAGUUCCAAGUGGAUGUGGCGGCGACGGUGGUGCAGCUCAUACGGCCCGAGCAGCUGCCCCUAAGCAGCUUCCCCUUCGAGCUGAGCCACAUCUGCUUGAUGAUUCCGCGGGCACAGCAGCUGCCCAUCAAGGACAUCUACCUCAUCCUGGCCAGUGGCCAGCACCUACUCAUCGGACUGGCCAUUGUCUACAGCUUUGGGCUUCUGCUCAGCCUGCACUGGUGGCUGACUGGCCAAGCUGCCAGCUUGGUCGACUUCCUGCUGAACGAUGUGGCGCUGCGUGGCCUGCUCGGCCAGUCCUUUGGCCAUUCCCCGCGCAGCAGCCCCUAUGCCAGCUGGAUCUACCUGAUGCUGGCUGUGCUGGGACUCAACCUGAGCUCGAUACACGAGGCAGCGCUCGGCACGCUGCUCACUCAUCCGCCCAAAUACUUUCAGCCCCGCAGCUUUGCUGAUAUCCAACGCGCUCAGCUGCCGCUGGUCAUCGAUGCGGGCAGCGCGGAGGGGGACUACGGGCUGGGCACCACGAAGCUGCGUGUGCUGGCCAUGAACAGCAGCGACUACAACAGCCACAGGGACAAGAUGAACAUGAGCCACGUCUACUUUGCCUCGCGGCUCAAGUGGACGCUGCUGAGCGAGCAGCAAAAGUAUUUUCCCCGCGAGGUUUUCCUCUACUCCCUGAACGCCUGCGUCAGGACACUCACCUACAUGGUCUUCCAGUUGCCCCCAAACACCUGGUUUCUGGAGCCGCUGACCCGGCUGAUUAUGGAUGUGCGCGACUUUGGCAUCUUCCAGCACUGGGUCGAUAUGCACUUCUAUGAUAUGGCCGCCGCGGGCUUGCUCUCCUUCAGUGAUCCCAUUCAGCGGGAGCCGCCGCGUCUCAAGCAGGCGUUGCGCUUGGAGGAUCUGCAAUGGAUUUGGGUGGCCUACGGAGCACUUUUGCUGCUCGCGACAGUCGUGUUGGCUCUGGAGAUUCUCAUCUUAGUCUCUAAUAUUUUUAUUCACUCAAAGAAUGCCUUCUCCGUUCAACUCAACCCGCUCUCCAACGUCCUAUAG